CACAGUGUGUUGAUGAGUUAGAGCUCUCUUGUCCUCCACAAACCCUGUCACUACAUUAUAUCAUAAAGAUGCGUGCUGGAACAGAACAGUGGCUCUUGCACCCUCACCACUGUUCGUGCUAGGGCAGGAAACUUUGAAGGCUAAGUGCUUUUUAAGAUAGAAAAUUAUCAUGAUACCUACAGCAUAAAAACUGUCUAAUCUUGCAACUCUUAUUCAUGUGAGUGAUCCCACCAACCAGUGUUGCUAUUGUCAUGAGAUAGAAGCUGUAGAAUCAUGACCAUAUCUGCCGCCGACAAAUCAUGUGAUAUGCAAUGACGACUGGCAAAAUUUGCUGAAUACUAUUCAACCACGCUGCAUAUCAAAGUUAGUGCCUGUUAGUGGGUACUGUGUUGCUGUAGGGACCAUCUUUCAAAUAGACACAAAACUGAAGCCCUGACCACUUGUGGUGAGUAAAAAUCCUAUAGCCCUUUUCAUGAGAUUUAUCUGGUUUCCAUAUUAUCAGCAAAUAAAGAAUUUGUUACUAGAAUUUUAGUUAAUUUUGAUUACUAUGAUGUCAGAAUACAAUUUGCUGUUCCUUGGCUGUGUUGGCUCUAUAGAGCAUAUAGAGUAAAACAUAUUCAUUGGACUAGUUAGCAAAAUAUGGAUAUCUGUAGUAGGGAACACUCAAAUUGAUUGAAAAAAUGACACAAAGUUUUUAGUAAACAUUUCUGGGUGCUUUUGGCUAAAAGUCAAAACUGCCUGUACGUGGAUGAUUUAAUAGGAAUUUAUUUAAUCAAACAUUGGUGUGAUCUGUCAACAAAUUCCAUUUAUAAUGCAUGUCAGCCAGUGAGUACGAGGGAAUAUACCUUGGGAUGCAGUCUGAACUAUUUAGCUCUUGUUCUGUCAAGCCACUUACUACAUUGCUAGAUCUCUCCCUUGACCUGCAGCUUCUGUGUUGGUUACAUUGUUGACUAGAUUGUGGUCGGGCCUAAAGUGAGGUGAUGAGAAGAGGAUACAAUGAUCGUUCCUUUUGGGAUCUUGUGCUCCCAGUGCAAAAGGGGGAAGGGUGCACAGUACCAAAACUAGCACUGGAGAACUCAAAGGGGGCCAUACCAAGUCUCCAAACGCUGUGCCCUUACAAAGGGCAUUGCAGUUCCUACCUUGGUAAGUUCUCCAGCAGGGCCACUCACUGGGUAGGAGCCUUUCGCAUUGUUAUCCAACACAGCAUUCUCUUGUAAAAGCCAUUUUUGCUUUUGAUAGCACUGCUCUGUUUAGGGUGACUAUGGAAAUAAAGGGAAGAGAGGGAGUAAGGGAUCAGACUGUGUACAGACCUUUCAAGUAGCAGGCAGUGCCCCUGCAAGUGAUCAAUAGCUCAGAACGUAGUGAAACCUAAUAAACUCUUUACAGAAGAACCUCAGAGUUACGAACCCCAGAGUUACGAACUGACCGGUCAAUCAAAUUCCUCACUCGGAACUGAAAGUAAGCAAUCAGACAGCAGCAGAGACCAAAAAAAAGAAAACAGUACAGUGCAGUCAAUGCUCUGCUGUAAACUUUUGAAAGAACCAUAUCAUUUUGUUCAGUUACAAACAAUCUCCAUUCCCGAGGUGUUCGUCACUCUGAGGUUCUACUGUACUAAGUGGUGCAGCAGAAAAAGACUCUCAGUGACUUUCCCAGAGUGUCCGGAGUGUCUAGGGUGCAGUUCCUGUGACUCUGACUAAAGUACACCGUGGUCGAUAGCACCAACUGAUUAAGGUGAUUGAGGUCACCAACGGACAAGAUGAGCCUGUACUGAGGAAGAGAAGUCUAGUUAAUGAGUAAUUACAGGAAGUAACAAAGGUUUAUAGAAACAACACAGCCUCCAACAUCAGAGAGAGUUUUUAAGUGGAGACCAAGGCUAACGCAGACAUCCUUACCCCAUCCCCACCCCCCAAAACACACACCCUUCUCCAACGGCAACAGCAUGAAAAAUAAGAACAGCCAAGGAGCACAAGAAUGUCCCGCCAGAUGUCCAGAUAACAGCGCAUUUAAACAACAGAAACUGCCAGCCUGGAAGCCCAAGCUCGCAGCUCCGACUGUCCUCUCCAGCUUCUUUACCAUUGGACUCUUCUGCCUCCUCAUGGGAAUCUGCCUAAUAUUGUAUGCAAGAAGUGUCAAAGAAAUCCAGAUUAACUAUUCAGACAUAUGUUUGAAUUGUUCAAAACUGCGUGAAAACUCCUCUAACUGGGAUAAAGAAUGCAACUGUACUGUGCACUUCACACUGCAGGAAAAUAUGCUGGGUAAUGUUUUUAUGUACUAUCGUCUGCAAAACUUUUAUCAGAACCACCGUCGGUAUGUCCUCUCCAGAAGUGAUGCACAAUUGCUGGGUCAAGAUGUAAACAUUCAGAACAGCAAUUGUGAGCCUUUCACAACCUAUCCAAACGGAACUCCAGUGGCUCCAUGCGGCGCCAUCGCCAACAGUAUGUUCAAUGAUUCUAUUCAACUUUUUUACUAUCUUAACUCAUCCAUUGCUAUCGAAGUCCCAUUGCUGAAGACUGGAAAUAGUUGGUGGUCAGAUAAAAAUGUGAAAUUUCGGAAUCCAACAUCAUAUAAUCUCUCUUCUGCAUUUGCAGGAACAACAAGGCCUCCUUACUGGCAGAAACCAGCUUAUUUACUGGAUGAGGAGGAUGAAAGGAACAAUGGUUAUAUAAACGAUGAUUUUAUCAUCUGGAUGCGGGUGUCAGCCUUUCCCACAUUCAGAAACCUUUACCGUCGUCUCAGCCACACCAACCAGUUUGCUGAUGGUCUCCCAGCAGGGAAUUACACCUUCCACAUUACCUACAAUUUCCCUGUUACCAAAUUCAAAGGGCAAAAGCAAGUGGUUCUCUCAACCAGCACAUGGAGUGGAGGGAGUAACCUCUUCCUGGGAAUUGCCUACACGGUUUCUGGUGCAGUGAUAGUGUUGGCAGGUUUUAUCAUAACUGCAAUUCACUUAAAACUCAGAAAAAAGAAAACGUACUUUCAGAGAUAACCCAAAUUACAUAGCUUUCUGAAUAAACAUAAAAGUGCACCUUUGAGCAAGGGAUGUGGGGAGAAUGGACCUUUCACACUGUCCUCCUAGUGGUGGAGACCUGUCAGUCAUGGUAUGGAUUUGAAAAGUGUUAUGAGCAGGGUGAUGUUUUUUCAUAACCUGAAACAUAUACAAUCUGAUCAGCUUGGCUUGGUUUAUGGUCUUGUUAGCAUAUGAAUUACAUAGAAGUAAAUUUUCCCUAGUGACUACCCAUCAAGGUCUGAAAUGAGCAUCAGAAAGAGAAAUCUUAAUAAUUUUAGAACUACAAACUAGAUGGUAUUGAACACAAUUACUGGGCCAAACCUCAAGGUCCUUACUCAGUUUUUACUAAGUCCUUACUCAGGCAGAACUCCUAUUGUCUUCACUGAGAGCUUUCCACGAGUAACAACUGAUGCCCUGAUCCAGCAAAGCACUUAGACAUCGGCUAUUCUCACUGAAAUCAGUGGGACUAUUCAUGUGCUUGAAGUUACAUGCAAGCUUAAGGGUCAAAUUUUAAAGGUAUUUAGGUGCUUAACUCACAUUGAUUUCAGUGGGAGUUAGGUGCCUUUAAAAAUCUGGUCCUAAGAGCUUUGCUGCAUCAGUGGCUGAGUAAAGACCUUGAGAUUUGUUCCCCUGAGAGCAUACCCUGGAUAUUAGGGGUGGGAGAGUCUCUCACUUAAGUGAAUGGGGUUGAGUAGAGUUCAAUCCUCAUUGAAUGCAUUUAAACCUUCUUUGCUGCUGUUUAGCUGAAGACCGUUUUCUGCAAGGCUGGAGUAAGAGGACAGCAGUGCGGUGAUUUACAUUUUACAGGUUAACCUUGUGAUAGAAAAGCUAAAGUUUAGACUGUGAAGAAAAGAAGAAAUAAGACUAAAACGUAAACAUGACCAUUUAAAUGUCAGCAUUAACUAUUUCACUGCUGAUCACUUCAGCAGAAACAUUUAGCUAACAUGAUUAGGCCACAAUCCCAAAUUGUCUCCUACUCUACCCCUGUGCCAAAAGCUCCAGCUGUCUCUCCUACACCGUCGCCAAGACCUCCAACUUCUUACCAGACAACUUCUAUGGCAUUGUCAAGCAGACAAUUUGAAAAUAUGGGGCAGGAUAAACUUAAUUUAAUGUAAUCUACAAAUAAAUACUGAGACUGCUUAAUUGCAUCAUUUUCACGGUUAGUUAACUUAUAAACCUCAGUUUUUAAAAAUGUAAAUAGAAUUUCCAGUCUAUCGCAGAAUCUAGGGAACUUUGCUGCAGAAUUUAGAUCAAGUUUGCUGUGGAGUACAUGGAUGAUUAUGGGGGUGGGGUGGGGAAUUCAUUGUGAAAGUGCAUAUGAAAUUAAAACUAAUAUUCCUUUACUUAACAUGAGUUUCUGUGCUCACUAUUUUAUACUGAUUUAUAAAUGCCCCAAAAUUAAAAAAAACAAAACAAAAGAAAUUAACAUUGAUCUUCAGAGCCCUUUACAUACUUUAACUAAUCCUCCCAGCACCUUGUGAAAUAGCCGUUAGCCUUAUUGUAGAAAUGGGGAAGUUGAGGCAAAGAGAGAUUUAGGGUACAAUUUUUGAGAGCAUCUAAGUCGCAUUUUCAAAAGUGAUUUAGGCAUUUAGGAGCUUACGGAUGGGUCAACGCUUAAAACGCUGUAGUGGCGCAGCUGCACCAGUGCAGAUGAGCCAUUGUAGAGGGUCAGAGAAGAUGCUUCUAUGCCAACAGGAGAUCGUCUCCUCUCAGGGCAUGUCUACAUUAUGAAAUUAGGUCGAUUUGAUAGAAGUCGAUCUUUAGCAACUGAUUUUAUACAGUCGAUCGUGCAUGUGCCCACUAAGCACAGUAGGUCGGCGGAGUGCGUCCUCAAUACUGUGGCUAGCAUCGACUCACGAAGUGGUGCACUGUGGGUAGCUAUCCCACAGUCCCUUCUGCCCACUGGAAUUCUGGGUUAAGUUCCCAAUGCCUGAUGGGGCAAAAACAUUGUCGCAUGUGGUUUUGGGUACAUGUCGUCAGUCUCCUCUCCCUCCUUGGAAGCAAUGGCAAACAAUCAUUUUACACCUUUUUUCCUGGGUUAUCCGUCAGAUGCCAUAGCACAGCAAGCAUGGAGCCCCCCCAGCUGUACACUACUUUUGUGAGCAUUGCAAGCACCUUGUGCAUUAUC